UUCUGCAUUUCCGGUAACCUAAAUGGAAUGUAGGUUGUUCCAUGCUCGGUCUUUUCUUUCGAAACCACCCAGAAGUGCAGACGCCCAAAUAGUAUCUCUCUGCAAGUGUAAAUUUUAUCAGCGCAAGAGCAGCGCAAGUGCAGUGUUCAUUUUUUUUAUUUAUCAACUACCAAAUUUGCAACGGUGAUAAGGGCAGCCUAAGCCUGUGUUUGUGGGUUUUUUUUGUUUUUGUUUCGCGGCUUUAUAAAAGCGCGACCUCGUGGCGGCCUUAUCAAAAUUUAUCAGGCUUUUAGUGAAGUGGAAAAAAAAACGGAAUUGGAAAAUAUGAAGAUAAUAUUUAAUUUUUUUUAAACUUUCGCGAACAAAAUGGUUGUCAGUUUAAUUUUAAAUCGUUUAAUUUUAAUCCUCGUGCGAAAAUAAGUUUGUUUUAAAAUUCUAUGGUGUGCAAAAGCCUCAUUACACUCAUUUACAGCAACCCAAAGCAGAGAUCGAUCUUUCGCCGAUGGAUUUACACUGCAGCUUCUGGCUUCGGUACGGCGUUUUAACCAACGAGCAGAGCAUUGUACUGGUCAACAUAAUUGGCUCAACGCUGUUUCUGAUCUACACGCUGGUCUACUAUGUGUUCACCGUGAACAAACGUGCCUUUAUAAAACAGUUUGGUUUCGCGCUCACCGUACUGAUUUCGGUCAUCUGGUACACCAAUCGACUGGAAGAUCAGCGGGAACAGAUGAUACACGUCACGGGAAUCGUUUGUUGUGUCGUAACCGUGUGUUUCUUCGCCGCCCCGCUCGCCAGCUUACUGCAUGUCAUUCGGGCCAAGAACUCGGAGAGCCUGCCUCUGCCCCUGAUUGCCACGUCCUUUUUGGUCAGCCUGCAGUGGCUAAUCUAUGGCAUACUGAUAUCGGACUCGUUUAUCCAGAUACCAAACUUUCUGGGCUGCCUUUUGUCCCUGUUGCAGCUGGGAUUGUUUGUUAUUUACCCGCCGCGGAGCUAUUCCGGCCAUGGCUACAAGCUUGUUGAACAGGCGGUGCCAUUUUAGGGGACUGAUUUGAUACAGCCACGCAUUUUUGCUACGGUAUUCAAGUGUGUCGCAUACAGGAUAUAUAUUUUAGUAUAACUUUAUGGUCGAACAUGCUUCUCGCUUAGACGCCAAGCUUAUUUACUAUAGACAUACGUAAGCCUAUAUUUAUUGUAAAAUAUUUAUUAAAAAUCCCCAAUUUGUCACAA